AAAAGGGAUGACGCUGGUUGGAGAAGGGGGCCAGCUGAGGAAACUUCUAGCUGGAGAGAUUCAAGUCGUCGUGAAGAAUGGGACCGAGGUGGUCGUGACAUGAGGGAUCGGCGCACCGAUGACAGAGAGACACCCCUCAGGAGAGGACCACCGCUCAGACCCGACCGUGAAGAACCAAGCUCAUGGCGGCGUGCUGAUGACAGGAGAGAAGAACGUGGAGAAGAACGUGAAACAGUUCGGCGAUCAGCUCCCGCUCCUGCUGCUGCUGCUCCUCCAGCUUCUGCUCCCCCACCAGCAUCAAAAGAUCGAGAAAGAGAUGGGGAGAAGGAGAAAGGUUCCUGGAAAACAGAAAAGGAGCGUGAGCCCCUGCGCCGUACUAAAAAUGAGACAGAUGAAGAAGGGUGGACCACUGUACGACGUUAAGUGAAAAAUCACAGAGUUUAAUCAAUGUUUUAGCUUUGAUUUGAUGGAAUCCACGGAUUAUAUUUGUGCUUAUAAACAUUCUGAAUUGGAAUUCUUUAACAAAUGUUUUGAGGUAACAUUGAAAGCAUGAGCUUGAAUUACUUACUUAUAUAGAUUGAUCAUGCACAAAACUCACAGCAGAAGGUUGGAAAUUGAAUGCCAGUUUUGGAAAUUUCAAAUGAUGCUUAUUUCAUGGGUCAUUUGUUGCUAAAAUAAAAAGAAGCAAGCCCAACAGCUGUCUUGAGUAAUGCUUCUAUCUCGCACCAAAACAGGCUGACCUUUUUAUUUUUAGUCUUUCUUAAUUUGGAAUGGGGUAUUAUCGUCACAGAACAUGCAUUUGAAAACACCUCUGUUCAUGCAGUGGAAUUACUGAAAAAGCAGAGCUAAAUCAAUUUCCAUAAUUAGACAAAAAAAUAGAAAAAAAAAAUAAAAUAAAAGCCCUCUUUUACAUCGGCAUCCUUGAGGGCAGGUGGUUUCUGAGAGACAUAUUUUAUCACCAUCUAAAUUGAGUAUGUUGUUUAAAUUUGACUUAAAUACAAUAGACAUUAUGAGCAUUAGCUACACUGGGAUAUUCUCUGUAGAUUUACUUGAAUAGCUGAGGCCUGUGAGGCCAUUUUGCAGUCAUUGUUCCAGUACUGGACACUGCUGCAGUGUACAACCACAGAACUUCCAGCUUUUCCAGGUUCAGUGUUUCGGUAAGCAUACGGCUUUGUAUUUUCUGUUGCCAAUAUCACAACCGCUUUUUCCAUGACUGGAUAAUUCAUGCCUUUCAAAGAUUUAUAAAUAUUGUCAUAUUUAAAAUGUGUGGUUUUGGAAAAAAAUGUUGAAUUUUCCCCCAAUUCUUUGUCUUCAGGGUCAAUUCUUUCCCUUUCCAAAAAAAACCAACUGAUUUGUAGUAACGGCUGUGUUGACUUCAGUUUUGGGAUGCGGUAACAACGAUUAACUCUGGUUAUACUGAAGCCAACACAGAACUUGCUGCUGUGUGUUUCUUCAAUGAUAAAUAAACAACUUAAGGAA